CCUUCCCAUCCUGCAAAAAAAUUCCUCCCCGACAUCGGACACAACACAAAGUGCUGUCUCUCCCUAGAAUCUCUCUCUACAAAUCCGAUUUCCAUGAUUUGUAUUUCGCUCAUCUAAUCUGUAAUCACCGCAGUCGUGAUUUCGCCUUCAAAACAUCGAUUGGGGUAGGUUUUUGUGGCGGAUCCAAUUUGCUGACGGGGAAGAAAUGGGCGGAGGGGAGAAUUCCAACUACCCGGGGGUCGGCGGCGGCGGCGGCGGCGGCGGCGGUGGGGAUGGAGCUGUCAUCAACGUCCGGUGCUCCAAUGGGGCGAAAUUCGCGGUGCGGUCGAGCCUGGUGUCGACGGUCGGAGCCUUCAAGGAGGUUGUGGCGCAGAACUGCGACGUGCCUGCUGAUCAGCAGCGGCUGAUAUACAAGGGCCGGAUUCUGAAGGAUGAUCAGACCUUGGAGAGUUAUGGAUUGCAAGCUGAGCACACCGUACAUAUGGUACGAGGUUCUUCCCCGGCAAACACAGCACCUCCUCCUACUACUGCCACUGUUGCAAAUAACAACCCUACUCCCGCUGUUUCUCGUGGUGUUGGUUCUAAUGAUGGUGGGGUUUCUGGACUUGGAGCAUCUUUGUUUCCCGGGCUUGGUGCUAAUGCGUCGGGUGGGGGUGCAGUUCCUGGUUUGUUCGGAGCGGGACUUCCUGAAUUCGAACAGGUGCACCAACAGCUUACUCAAAACCCGAACAUGAUGAGGGAGAUUAUGAACAUGCCUGCCGUUCAGAACCUGAUGAAUAAUCCCGAAUUAAUGCGUGGAUUGAUUAUGAACAAUCCUCAAAUGCGCGAGAUCAUGGAUCGGAAUCCUGAGCUGGCACAUGUACUGAAUGAUCCUGGCAUAUUAAGGCAAACAUUAGAAGUGGCAAGGAACCCUGAACUCAUGCGCGAGAUGAUGCGAAACACAGACAGGGCAAUGAGCAACAUUGAAGCUACUCCCGAAGGAUUCAACAUGCUGAGGCGCAUGUAUGAAAAUGUACAGGAACCUUUCUUGAAUGCUACGACCAUGGGUGGGAACAAUAGAAGUGAUUUGAGCUCAAAUCCAUUUGCCGCUCUUUUAGGAACUCAAGGUGGUGCGCAGGUGAGGGAUAGUAGUAACAAUUCUUCAACUGGUAGCACCGAAACAACUACAGGCGCUGUUCCAAAUACAAAUCCACUGCCUAACCCAUGGAGCAAUUUGGGCGGUGGGCCUACUACUGCAAGGUCAAAUCCAGCAGGGAAUGCAGCGUCACCUCUUGGUGGUUUAAGAGGGGCUGGCCUUCCAGAGAUGGAUCAGAUGUUUACGGGUAUUCCCGAUGCAUCUGUGCUUAACCAGUUCAUGCAAAAUCCAGCUAUAUCACAGAUGAUGCAGUCAUUACUCUCAAAUCCACAGUAUAUGAAUCAGAUUCUCAGCCUCAACCCCCAGCUCCGUAGCAUGGUGGAAUUGAAUCCUCAAUUGAGAGAAAUGUUGCAGAACCCUGAACUGCUUCGCCAGCUUACUUCUCCGGAAAUGAUGCAGCAAAUGCUAUCUAUGCAGCAACUUCUCUCUCAGCUCACUCGGCAACAGCCAAACCAGGUAGCGGGCCAGACCGGUGGAGCGGCAGGAGCGCCUACUGGGACUGGACUUGACCUUCUGAUGAACAUGUUCGGUGGCCUUGGAGCCGGUGCUUUUAAUGCCCCAAACACACCCGAUGUUCCACCAGAAGAACUCUAUGUCACUCAGCUCUCUCAGCUUCAAGAAAUGGGCUUCUUCGACACCCAGGAGAAUAUCAGGGCCCUUCGUGCCACCGCAGGGAAUGUCCACGCUGCUGUGGAACGACUUCUAGGAAAUCCCGGUCAAUAAGUAGAAAACUACUGAAUUGCGCUCUUCUCCAGUCACUGAGAAUGCACCCAUCAUCGAAAUAUUUAGAAUCGGGUCUCUCUUGGAAGGCGCUGCUCCGCUCCCGGAUUUUACUCUCUACCCUAUUUUGCUCAUGUUAAUAAGUACACACCUGCCCAUACGCGGUAGAGCCGUGAACUUUUUCUGUGCAAAUAGGCUUCCUCAACGCCUUUUUAAUCUAUAUCUAUCUGUGUCUUUGAAAUAGCUGUACAUACACACACAUUCAUGAAUGUUGUUCACUCAGAAUGUUGGAGUGAUAGAUUUAAUGUCAGAUCGGUCCAUUGUGCUGCU